AUGUCCAUGAAUGUGUUUGAGACAAAGAAAAAGCUGGAGGACGAUGUGGGAACAAUAGAGGGCCUGGAGGAGGUGAAGAGGAAACUCCAGAAGGACCUGGAGCUCACCAGCCAGCGUCUGGAGGAGAAGACCAUGGCCAUGGACAAGAUGGAGAAGACCAAGAACCGACUGCAGCAGGAGCUGGACGACCAACUGGUGGACCUGGACCAGCAGAGACAGAUCGUCUCCAACCUGGAAAAGAAGCAGAAGAAAUUUGACCAGAUGCUGGCUGAGGAGAAAACCAUCUCAGCUCGUUACGCUGAGGAGCGCGACCGUGCUGAAGCUGAGGCCAGAGAGAAGGACACCAAGGCUCUGUCUAUGGCCAGAGCUCUGGAGGAGGCCUUGGAGGCCAAAGAGGAACUGGAGAGGUUUAAUAAGCAGCUCCGCGCUGAAAUGGAGGACUUGAUGAGCUCCAAGGAUGACGUGGGGAAGAAUGUCCAUGAACUGGAAAAGUCCAAGCGAACCCUGGAGCAGCAGGUGGAUGAGAUGAGGACGCAGCUGGAGGAGCUGGAGGACGAGCUGCAGGCCACAGAAGAUGCCAAACUGCGUCUGGAAGUCAACAUGCAGGCCAUGAAGGCUCAGUUUGACCGAGACCUGCAGGCCAGAGACGAGCAAGGAGAAGAGAAGAAGAGGGCGCUGGUCAAACAGGUACGCGAGAUGGAGGCAGAGCUGGAGGAUGAGAGGAAGCAGAGAACGCUGGCUGUUGCUGCCAAGAAGAAGCUGGAGAUGGACCUCAAUGAAUUGGAGGGUCAGAUCGAAGCUGCCAACAAAGGCAGGGACGAGGCCAUCAAACAGCUCCGAAAACUCCAGGCUCAGAUGAAGGACUAUCAGAGGGAGCUGGAGGAGGCCAGAGCCUCCAGGGACGAGAUCUUCACCCAGUCCAAGGAGAACGAGAAGAAACUCAAGAGUCUAGAGGCUGAAAUCUUACAGCUUCAGGAGGACCACGCAGCUUCAGAAAGAGCCCGUCGACAUGCCGAGCAGGAGAGAGACGAGCUGGCUGAUGAGAUCUCCAACAGUGCUUCUGGAAAGUCGUCACUGCUGGAGGAGAAGAGGAGGCUGGAGGCUCGGAUCACCCAGCUGGAGGAGGAGCUGGAGGAGGAGCAGGGCAACAUGGAGCUGCUCAACGACCGCUUCAGGAAGACCAACAUGCAGGUCGACAGCCUGAACACCGAGUUGGCCACAGAGCGCAACACUGCCCAGAAGAGUGAGAACGCUCGGCAACAGAUGGAGCGUCAGAACAAGGAGUUGAAAGCCAAACUGGCAGAGCUGGAAGGGGCUGUCAAGUCAAAGUUUAAGGCGUCCAUCACUGCCCUGGAGGCCAAGAUCCUGCAGCUGGAAGAGCAGCUGGAGCAGGAAGUCAAGGAGAGAGCAGCAGCCAACAAAAUCGUCCGACGCACAGAGAAGAAACUGAAGGAGGUGAUGAUGCAGGUGGAGGAUGAGCGUCGUCAUGCCGACCAGUACAAGGAGCAGAUGGAGAAAGCCAACUCUCGUAUGAAGCAGCUGAAGCGUCAGCUGGAGGAGGCAGAAGAAGAGGCCACCAGAGCCAACGCCUCCCGCAGGAAGCUGCAGAGGGAGCUGGACGACGCCACCGAGGCCAGCGAGGGUCUCACCCGGGAGGUCAACUCCCUCAAGAACCGCCUCAGGCGUGGUCCGGUCAGCAGCUUCUCCUCCAGUCGCUCAGGCCGCCGCAACCUCAAUCUGGACGGCGCCUCCGUGGACAUGUCGGACGACGACGCCGACAGCCGGGCCAGCGACUUCAACGAGACGCAAGCCUCCAACGUGGAGUAGACCCUCUUAUCCCUCACCUCUUCCUCCGCCUCGUCACUCCCCACCUCCCUCCUCGUCCACCAGUUUACCCCCCCGAAGAUCCUCGGCGUCCACACGGUCUUUGCUCAUUUCAAACCACUGACUGGUCAGAAGAUUGGAGCGAUGAGCUGUUUUUGGUGAAGCUAGGCGGAGUGCGCCUGGCAGCUGCCCUUUUUGUAUCAGUUAACACUGCAGGGAAAAUCCACCGCCCUCCUCUCAAGAAAAUGCCUCCGGUCCCGGAGAGCCACAGGGGCAAACGGACACUUCUGCCUUACUCUGUUCUCCUCUGGCAAGCUGCUAGUCCUGGCUCGUCUGUCAGCCAUGUAUCAUCUCAGUGUCAUAACACCCCCCAUCCCUUCAGUUAUCUGCUCAGCUUAUUGAGAAGGAACGCAUAGGUACAAGUGCUUUUUAUACAUAUGAGACUGUGCGUGUAGACCAAGGCUCCGAGGUGUGACCAACACUUCAUACUGGAAAUGCAGGACUACAAGGAAAAGUCUUUCACUCUGGUGUUGUCGUCAGUCUUCUGCUCACUAGCUGUGUACAAAGCCAUCUCUUACCCGACACGCUCCUCUUGAAACGGGACAACCCCACACCACGGUCACUGUGGCCUUCGGACGGCCACGCCGGCUGCUUUCGUUGCAUGAGUCUCCUUCUGACGAUGUUUCUUGUUCGGCUUCUUCACUUCGGCUCUUCAGGAACAACUAACAUCUCGGGACAUGCAAUAGAAAAACACGGACUCUGAAUUGAAAGUGUAUUACUGUGAAACAAAAACAAAAAAAAAAAGGUAUUUUAUUUUCUCUGUUGCUUCAUCUCAACACGUACUGAAGGAAUGUGCAGCUGGGUUUGAACUGGGAUUCUCAUUUUGUGAUGUUGACCAUCGGGAACACUGUCAAGGAAACUGUCCUUCUGAUGUGGAUCGACCUGCGGAGCGACGCAGAGAUGCUGGAAAAUGCACAGAACUGCACGGAGCGAUUGUAACGGGAAAAAAGAAGCUCUUACUGGAAGCACUAAAAGGCGGCACUCGCUAUCAAUGUGACACUAGACGGUCGUUAAACUUUGAUUAGAAACGGAUUGAAGAUAGUCGUCCUCUCACCACAUCUCAGUGUUUGUGCUCAGCCUCACUUUGUAUUAUAAUUCAAGACAGAGUUUGGCAGUUUUCUGGAUUUUUGCAAACCAAGAAGGUAGUUUAACAACCUGGCUGCUUCUCAAUAAGGUAUUUCCAAAAAACACACUAACACCACAAUUAGCUUUUAAAUGUGCAUGGAUGAAAAGCAAAGUGCACAGAAGAACAGACAUUUUAACAUCUACAACGAUGCUUCUAAUUGACUUAACGAUUCACAAGGUCCCGACUCGACGAUGUGAAACGUCCUGAGAUGACUCGUGAUUUGGCGCUUUAGAGAUAAAACGGCAUUUAAAAAAUCUGUAAUGUCACAUUUUAUUAUUAAUAUUUAAUAUAAAUUCAGGCUUUUUUACAGUCUACCUGCAGAAGAAAGUAGAAACAAUCUCAGCACGUGUUCCAUUAAUGUGGCUUUUCUGGAACUUCCAAUCAUGUUGCACCAUCUUUACAAGCAGGUGUGGAGUUGAAUUGAGAUAGUUAAGGUGCAUUGUGGGUAACGUAGUUGCUGGGUUUAACACGGCUGAAUAAAAAUGAGUUCUCUGGUUUCGUUGCACCAGUUUGGAUGCGUUUCUGUAAAAUUCUUCAGUCAAGUUCUCUUUUAAAUGCUUUUUGUCCACGCUGGCACAACAGUUAGAAAAGUUUAAAGCCUUUUUUCUAACAAACUGAACUCAUUUUCUGAUUUUAGAAAUACCUUGCGAACAGCUCUGAGUGUUAAACGGUGCUCUUGGUUUUUCAAAAAAAUCUCCAUAUUAUAGCUCUGUGACUCGAAUGUAAUCUGUGCCAUUAUUUUAAGGAGUUUAAUCUUCAGACCUGAUCGAGCACUUAGUAUUCAUCGGCGACAGGUUGUCUGAAAAUAAUAAGGUUUUAUAUUUCCUUCUCUACUUUAGUCUAAGUUCCUUUAAUAUGAUUGUUUUUUUUUUAGCUUUGCUUUAAAUACAGCGGCCACCUCAAGAGCUGAACCACUACACCUGCCAGGGUUUCCAUAUCCACCGCUCCACUCUACUUCCUGGGUUUCGCUGAUCGAUGGCGGACUCCUCUGCCUGCCCCCCCGCCCCUCCUCCUCCUCCUCAAACACUUAACAGUAUGUUUCUUUAAAAGUGCCUUAGACACUAAAUAAGAACAUAAGCAAGGCAAGGAUUUCACUACAGAUUGGAAGAUAACAGGUACAUCAAGGAGAUAUUCAACACUUCAUCUGUUCUUUUGUGUUUGGGCUUCGUAUCAUAUCCACCUCUGUGUUCAUGAUAACCUCCUAGUUAGAACGUUUGGGUCAGAAUCAGAGUGUUACGAUUAACUAACAUGAGAAGCGGAGCCCUCUGCAGCUGCAUUUCCCACAAUUACCCCUGGAAUAAGUUCUGUUUUCCCCCUCACUCCCUCCCCUGUAAGCACUCAGACGAGGCCCUGGUACUGAGGUUAUUCUGGGAACUGAUGCGCUGCACAGGAUUUCAUUUGGUUGGAAGCUUUAACAUCCACUAGUAGUUAACUCAUUGUUUUUUCUUUGAUCAUUAUCCAGCCGGCUGUUGACAACCAGGCGUUCAACUGCAAAUACUCCCAUCAUGUUACUUCUUGUAUACCUGUAUUUCUAGACGGUGAUUCUUUUUCUUUUUUUCUUUCUUUCUUUCUGUUUUUGUUUGUUUUUGUAAAAGGAAAAUAAAGCAUAUUCAUUGU